AUGGUGGAUUUUGGAGAAAUCCUGACAAACAUCGGAGACUUUGGCUUCUUCCAGCAGGUGGUCGUUCUCGGCUUAACCUUCCAAUGUUGCUUGCUACAAGCUUUCUAUUGUAGUUUUCUUUUUAUCCAGUCCGAUCCAGAGCGACACUGUAACACAGACUGGAUCCUCAGAGCAGAUCUAAACUUGACCACAGAUGAGCAGCUGAACUUGACUCUGCCACGGGGCGAGGCCGCCUUCAGCAGGUGUCAGAUGUUUGUCCCUGUGGACUGGGGCAUUGACACCAUCAGGGAGUACGGACUCAACGAGACCACAGGGGGCCAACAUGGAUGGGUGUACUACAGCACUCUGUAUGAGGCCACAAUAGUCACUGAUUUUGAUCUAGUCUGUGAAAGGGCUAACAUGGCUGGAGCCGUGCAGACCGUUUUCAUGGGUGGUAAAUUUAUUGGUUCACUCAUCUUUGGACCUGCAGCUGAAUCGUUUGGCCGCAGGAGAACCACCCUGCUUCCAGUCGUCCUCCUGCUAAUAUUUGUUGCAGUAUCUGGUCUGUCUCCAAAUUUCUAUGGCUAUUUAGUGUCACAGUUCAUAGUCGGAUCUGCAUAUGGAGGAUACAAAAUUAAUGCUGUUGUACUAGCAACCGAGUGGAUGGGUAUCAACAAAAGGUCCCUUCCCUCCUGUUUGAGCCAGCUGUUUGGAGCUCUUGGACAGUGUGCCAUUGCUUGUCUGGUCUAUGGAAUUCGUGACUGGAGAACAGCGCAGUAUGUCUUGGCAGGAGCACAGGCCUUUGUGUUCAUUUACAUAUGGUGGAUUCCUGAAUCUGCCAGAUGGUUGUUGGGACAUGGAAGAAACUUCGAAGCUAAUGAACUGAUAUGUAAAGUUGCAGCAAUAAAUAAAAAGCACAUCCAAGAAAAUCUCCUCCUCAAGAUAACUGGCAAUCAAGAAGUUCAGAGUGGAGGAAUCAAAACACUUUUUUCGUCCACAGUUCUUUUGAAAUACUUCUUCAUUAUAUCUUUUACCUGGUUUUCAUUAAAUCUGGGCUACUACUGCCUCAUUCUGAAUGUGGGUAAUUUUGGCCUGAGCAUCUUCCUGGUGCAGUUCCUGUUUGGUAUCACUGAGGUUCCUGCACAUCUCCUCUGUAUCUUGGUGCUGAAGUUUGUGGGGAGAAGAAAAUCCCUGAUAUCAAUUCUCCUGACAGCAGGUUGUGUUUGCCUCUUCACCUUGGUUUUCGCUGAAGACAAUGCUGUUGUUGUCACAUCCCUUGUAACCACAGGGAAAUUAUUUUUGAACUGGGGUAGUUCAAUAUGUAUGAUCUACAUUCAAGAGUUGUUUCCUACUUCUGUCAGGCAAACAGCUGUUGGCUUGGGCUUCACAGUGUGUCGAGUUGCAGGGUUCCUGUCUCCGUCAGUUACAGGCCAACCAGGGGCAUCCAUCCUCAUUAACAUGGUGUAA